CUCGCUCCCCCGCCCGGCUUCCUCUACCCAGUCUAGGCGGCAGGCCGCGCUCGCCCGGGUUCCACCGCCCACUCCACGCCCGCAGCUCUUGAACGCGCCGGCUCCAGCCGGUAAUCGGCCACGUGCGCCAGGUUCCCCGCUCGGCCCCUCAGCGAGCCGAGCGCCUCCAAGGUUGCGGUGGCCACGGUGGGGGCUCGAUCCCUGUCCCUGCGAGCCCAGCCGAGAAGUCCGGACAGCGGCGGUGGCGGGAGCGAGCGGCCCGGCCCCUCCCUAGAGGGAGCAGCGCGACAGUGGGCUGCGGGCGCCGCCUCUGCUGCAUCGGUGGCUGCGCGUUCCGCUCGGCCCAGCCCAUCUCGGAUUUGGAGCCCGCGCGCGCCGCGCUGCCUUCCCCUCCUCCUCUGCCACCGCCCUGUGGGCAGUUCCCCCGGGCCACACGCAACUUCGAUCCUCCUUUCCCUGGUUUACGGAUUUCCGAGGGCGAAGAAUUUCGCCUCGGUCCCUGCGAGUGCCUCUCGGCCUCUCUCCCUCUCCCCUCGCGAUUCCUCCUUCCCGUGGGCGCGCGCGCGCGCACGCUCACGCACACACACACACGCACACUCACACUCGCCGGCGCGCGUGCGCACGGCCGCGCGCCCUGAGCCGCGGAGUCUCCAGCGCCUCUCAGCAGACCCCACUCUCUCCGGCGCCGCUACUCACACAGGCUUCCAGCCGCCACUGGGCGUCCUCUGUCUGCGGUAGCGCGGCUGAAGCGGCGGUGGGAAAGGUAGCUGGAGCCCGGCGCGGUCUCAGAGCUCCGUGCCCUGGACCGAGUCCUGGGAGAAGCGGAGAAGGAGGACGCCGAGGCGAGGAGGAGCCGCGCCGCGCCCGGGUCUGCGGGGCUGGCUGCCUCCGCUACCGGUACCGCGGCCCCAGGUCCUUUGCAGCCAGCGUGAUGCCAUCUUUAUAAGCUGUGGAGGAGAGAGCACUCACCAUGUUCAGAGCAGCUGUCACUGGAACGUUCCCUGUUCUCUGCACACCUACACAGUAAAUGGGUAUUUGGUCCUUGGGAGAAUUAGCGCCCUAGAGAGUCGCCAUGCUUCAUUACUGUGCAACCAGCCCCAGAGAGGCAUUGUGUCUCUGAGUCACCGGAGCUCUGUGCUGCUGCCUUCCUGCUGUCCACCCACCUCUCUUCACCUCUGACGAUCUUCCCCUAGUGUCUGCAGCCUCUUCUGGGACGACUAUCUCAAAGGGAAGUGCCUCUCAGAAGCAUCUGGCAUGUCAGAGCUACAGCGUCUUCCAUGGGACUUCCUUUGUGAACAGCUUCCAUUUAAAAGAGUUGUGUGAAUACCUUGUUUCGGUCAAGUUCCCAAAGAACACAUUUGUCUUCUGAUCUGCUGGAGGUCUUAAGGAAGCUACUAGAGAAUGAGCUCCACAAAAAUGAGGAUGUAAACCAAGAAAGAGGAAACCAUGGGAUCCAGGAAGCGGGGGACCCAACACAGGCGAGAGGCACAGGGGUUUCGCAAGAUGGUGUUAAAAAGAAGCCCCAGGACAACAGAAUCCGAUGAUCUCCGUGGGGACCCUGCGCCCAGCCAUCAAAGCACUCCCACCCCUCAGGAUGCUCGUAACUCAGUAGUAGAUGCAGGCGGCCUUGAAAGCAUCACACAGUGUCCCCAGCGGCUUCCUCAGAUGAUGGCUGCAGCAGCCGAUGGUUUGGGGAGUCUCGCGAUCGACACGACCCAGCUGAACAUGUCAGUGACGGACCCCACUGCCUGGGCCACCGCUAUGAAUAACUUGGGCAUGGUUCCCGUGGGACUGCCUGGGCAGCAGCUCGUGUCGGACUCAAUCUGUGUACCAGGCUUUGAUCCAGGCCUCAACAUGAUGACUGGGAUCACCCCUAUUAACCCAAUGAUACCAGGCCUGGGGCUGGUACCCCCACCGCCAACAGAAGUGGCUGUCGUCAAAGAAAUAAUCCACUGCAAAAGCUGUACUCUUUUCCCCCAAAACCCAAAUCUUCCACCUCCCUCCACAAGAGAACGACCUCCGGGGUGUAAGACCGUGUUUGUCGGGGGAUUACCAGAAAACGCCACUGAGGAGAUCAUCCAAGAAGUCUUUGAGCAGUGCGGUGACAUCACAGCGAUUCGGAAAAGCAAGAAGAAUUUUUGUCACAUUCGCUUUGCAGAGGAGUUCAUGGUUGAUAAAGCCAUUUACCUUUCUGGUUACCGGAUGCGCUUAGGGUCUAGCACGGACAAAAAGGACUCCGGCCGGCUGCACGUGGACUUCGCCCAGGCCCGGGACGACUUCUACGAGUGGGAGUGCAAGCAGAGGAUGCGCGCCCGCGAGGAACGGCACCGGCGCAAGCUGGAGGAGGACCGGCUGCGGCCGCCCUCGCCGCCGCCCAUCAUGCACUACUCGGAGCACGAGGCCGCGCUCUUGGCCGAGAAGCUGAAAGACGAUAGCAAGUUUUCAGAGGCCAUCACGGUGCUGCUGUCCUGGAUUGAGCGAGGGGAAGUAAACCGGCGGUCCGCAAACCAGUUCUAUUCCAUGGUGCAGUCGGCCAACAGCCAUGUCCGCCGGCUGAUGAACGAGAAAGCCACCCAUGAGCAGGAGAUGGAAGAGGCCAAGGAGAAUUUCAAAAAUGCCUUAACCGGCAUCCUCACUCAAUUUGAGCAGAUUGUGGCCGUUUUCAACGCUUCUACCAGACAAAAAGCUUGGGACCAUUUCUCGAAAGCUCAGCGCAAGAACAUAGACAUUUGGCGAAAGCAUUCUGAGGAGCUCCGGAACGCUCAGAGUGAGCAGCUUAUGGGCAUCCGCCGAGAAGAGGAGAUGGAAAUGUCGGAUGAUGAGAACUGUGACAGCCCUACUAAAAAAAUGAGAGUUGAUGAAUCAGCCCUGGCCGCCCAGGCCUACGCGCUUAAAGAAGAGAACGACAGCCUCCGGUGGCAGCUGGACGCCUACAGGAACGAAGUGGAGCUGCUGAAGCAGGAGAAAGAGCAGCUGUUUCGAACGGAAGAAAACCUGACCAAGGACCAGCAGGUGCAGUUCCUGCAGCAGACCAUGCAAGGCAUGCAACAGCAAUUGCUGACCAUCCAGGAGGAGUUAAACAACAAAAAGUCAGAAUUGGAACAAGCAAAGGAAGAGCAGUCACACACACAAGCAUUACUCAAAGUCCUCCAGGAACAAUUGAAGGGUACCAAGGAGUUGGUCGAGACCAAUGGCCACAGCCAUGAGGACACAAAUGAAAUUAAUGUGUUGACAGUCGCAUUGGUCAACCAAGACCGAGAGAACAAUAUUGAGAAAAGAAGCCAAGGCUUAAAAUCAGAGAAAGAAGCUCUGCUAAUCGGCAUCAUAUCAACGUUCCUUCACGUCCACCCCUUUGGAGCCAAUAUCGAAUAUCUCUGGUCAUACAUGCAGCAGCUGGACUCCAAGAUAUCUGCAAACGAAAUCGAAAUGCUUUUGAUGAGGUUGCCACGCAUGUUUAAACAGGAAUUCACAGGCGUGGGAGCAACGCUGGAAAAAAGGUGGAAGUUGUGUGCCUUUGAAGGAAUUAAAACUACCUAACUGUGAAGAGCAGCAAAGUCUCUGGAUAUGAAACUGCCUGAACCCAGCCAGGACUGUGCAGUGUGAGCCCAGGAGGUUUGGGGCUGGUCCAGCGCAGGACCUUUAUGGAGCCAUCAGAGCCUGACUUUAGUUACAUCUGUGGCGUUCUCUUGUGAGUGGAAAUGUAAUUGUGUACCAGUUCCCUAAAACAAACAAAGCUUCAUACUGUGACAGAUCUGUUUGCUAUGAAAACCAACGAUUUCCACAGUCAUGAUGGCAAAACCUUAAAAUAUGCUACAUUUGAGAAUAGCUCACCAAGUAAAAUAUUUAAAGUUAAUGAUGGUGUGGCAAUGGUUGUUGCUAGGCUACAGAGUUGUUGUAUAUGUAAUCUAUAGCUGAAAUCAUUCAAUGACAUUUUCCUGGAAGUCUUUCUGUUUUAGUAAAAAAAAAAAAAAAGAGAGGAAAAAAAGUAAUUUUACAGUGAGAAAAAAAAUCAUACCAAAAGAAAACUUGAAUAUGUGUCUGAACAGUUACUGUAUUUUAUAAAUUAAGUUAUAUGCUGUUCUAGGGACUUUUGCCUUAUUGAAGAGGCAGAAGAUGUGAUUGGACUCCUUGAGAAUGCUUUACCAAGAAUAUUAUUUUUCUAAUGUAACAAUUCUCCAUCAUAAGUUCUUUUAACAUGGACUGCAUAACAAUUUUCAUAAAAUGUAAAUAAAAGAAAAACUAGUGCUACUGUCUUGUACUUGGUAUAAAAUUCAGGUUUCUGCAUCAAAAUAAACAUUCAGUAAAUAUUCCUGUUACAAAUUUUAUAGCAAAGAUAUUAAUUUUUUUCAAUAAAUAUGACUU